CCGCAGCUCUCGCAGUGUCGGACACCCCCGACACCCUAUCACGAGCCGAGGUUAGAUCCCUCCUGCACGAUCCAUGCAGGGUGCUGAAAGGCACACCCGGCUUGAUUCUGGCCGCCAAUUCGACUCGGUCAAGAGUGCAUGAAGCUUUCGUUCCACAAGUAUUGAUUCCCGGUUCUGCAUGAAAUUGGGCUGAAACGUUGAGAGCAUAUCUCUGCGCCUACACCACGUCAGCCGGGCUUGUCGAACCAGCCCGCCCCGAGCUGCCGUUGUGACUUUCUCUGCCUGACCUGUUUCAUUGUGGAAUCGUGCCAGGUUCAGGACCUCCAAUAGGCUGUGUGUCUGCUGUUUAAUCGUUGUCGACCUAAUAUCGAGCGAAGGCGUACCCAACAAGAACAAUAACACCACCAACAUGCCUUUCUUUCGCAAAGAGACCCCGUCUCAUUCAACUUCCUCAAGCCCGGAGACAAAGCAACGAUCUCUGCGUUCAUUAUUCAAUCGCACACCUCGCGCUCCUGUCAAGCAGCCUACACAAACACAAACCCAGACACAAACACAUACCCGUCAGGCAUCAGCCGACCAACAACCCAAUUCUUCUCUGUCUCCCUCCCAAUCCACAUCAGAAGCCCAAUUCCAGUGGGAAGACAUCGACCCCCCAGCCGAAUACAACUACCUCGCCCCCUCAAAUCAGUCGCAAACAACACUGUCAACUACCCCGCAUCACCAUCAACAACUAUCCCAGAUCGAAAUCGCAAGCACAGACCCCAGCAUGCUGAGUCACUCCCCUUCUAAUUCGUCCUUACCCGGCUACAACGACGUUAGCGGUGCCGUCGUUGUCGAUGCCGACGGGUACCCGCGCUUCCUGACGCCCCAGGAAGAAGAGGAUAGAAAAGACACCCUUCAGCGAGCUGUACGGGAACGGAUGAUGGGACUGCCGCGACGGACGGACUUUAAUUGGGAGGCAUCAGAUGGGCCGGUUUUGCCAAGAUAUGAGUGCGAGCCGCCUGCUAGGGCGGGCGUGGGCCCGACUGGUGUUGCUGGUGGUGGGAAGUGAAGUGCUGAGACUCAAGGGAGUUAUUAUUGGGAGGAACCAAAUGAACUGGAUUGGAUUUGGGUGGCGUUUACAUAUUUGAUAAUUACAAGAAUCCGAGGACGUGAAAUCUAC